AUGGCAGCCCAAAGUAUCUCGCCACUUGAAGAACAAUUUGGCUGUAUCUAUCGAGUCGCAUCCCUCGGACUCUGGUGGUCUGUUAAUGAAGUCCAUGCUGACCGAAUCCCAACAAUCUUCUGGAAUCGCGAUCGGUUGCAUCAAUCCUUGCUUCUUCUGGCUCGAGGUAUUGUACCGCAUGCACGUCUUGCACGUUCGCACAAUCGUCUUAAUGUCUUCAAGCAUGCUCUUCCAACAGAAUCACAACUUGACAGCGUUGGCGAUAUGCUCGAUGCCUGGGUGCGCUGCUGUCGGUGCGUCGUGAUGGUUGUUCAGUAUUGUCAGCUUCAGCUCUCGACUUUCAAAACCACACAGCUGCUUCACCUGGUUCUCUGA